UAAGGGAUUUUGGUGUUGUUUUAGUGAGAUUUUUCUCCAUUAAUUCGUUCAAAGUUCUAGUUGUUUUUUUUUUAGUCAAAUGAAGCUUAGAUUAUGAGUCAAAAGGCUAAUGAUCAAAGUUCCUAAAAGUCCAUAACUUUUACUUUUUUCUUUGUUGAGGUGGGGAUUAUUUUUUACGCACUGGUUAUCGUGAAUAUCAGAAAUUGCAAGAUUUUCUCAUUGAUUUUGCCGGUUUAGGAGAAGUUCUUUCAAUCAAUCCCUUGGGUUGGUCUUGAAAUUGCAUUUUGGGAUUAAAGUUGAGAGCUUUUGGAAGAUGGGAAGAAGAAAUAAAUUAAAGAAGGAAGAAAUAGCCGAGGAUUGGUGCUUCAUCUGCAAGGAUGGCGGCUCUCUCAGGAUUUGUGACUACAGGGACUGUCUUAAGUCUUAUCAUCCGGACUGUUUAGGCCAGGAUGAUUCUCUACUGGAAAGUAAAGAUCAGUGGGCUUGUGACCAUUCGCCUUUCCAAGUGAAGCACUUUGCUAAUGGAGCUCCAAAAGAAUCAGACAUGGUCGUGAAAACAUGUUCCAUAUCAUUGAAAGUAGAACCAGGUUCAAAUGCUGUUGUUAUCAAGAAUCUUUACCUUGUCUUGUGAUCCUAUCAUGGGGAAUCGCAUGAAGAAUUUGGGAAUUCCUGGUUUAAUUUACACAAUUGAAUCAUUUUCUUGUUUAUGUUGAUGCAUGCAUGGUGAAAAAUGUAGCCAUUGGAAGGGUUUGGAGUGGCCAAAGUUGUGGCUUCAGGGCAUCCAG